AACUCUCCAAAAAAACAGAAAAAACUCAUUAAGGGCAUAAACAAUAUAAUACGAAAUCGUGUUGGAUCGACUGUGUGUAAUGGUAGGACUGAAGCAAAGAGCCAUUGUGCCGUUGAAGCCCAUCGAACCUUCCCAAUUAUGGACUUUUGAAAAUGCCCUUUCCCUUUUGAAAACAUGCAAGGAUCAGUACAUUUUGGAAGCAUUGGAUGAAUUUUUACUCAAUAACAAAUCGGUUUUAUUAAAGCCUUUGCCCUUUACCAAAAAGGAACUGGUGAUUUCUUCGCCAUCCAAAGAAGUGAAACCGGUGAAGGAUCUUUCAUUGAGAAAUGUGUUGUAUUCAGACAUAAACACAACAAACAAUAGUGAUGCCCAUAAGAUCAGUGACUUGGUUUCCUUAGAAUUCGAUGAAGUAUUGAGAACUAUUUCACAGACGUGUAGACGUGUCCCCGAGAGAAGAGUGUGGGAUACAAGCAAAUUGAAAUCUAAAUUACCCGAUGACAGAGAAAGACAAUUGGAAGAAGACCGACUUGUUCUUUACACGAGUGGGAUUCUUAGAGAUAGAAGAGUAGUACUCAAGAUUGUGGCUGAACUUCUUUCUAAUAAGACUAACCACGGAAAGUCUUUGACUGUGCAAAACUUGGGUAAGGAAAUCUUUCUCUCAAAGUCGUAUAUUGAACGAUUGAUAAAUGCAUUACAAGUAUUAACCGAAUCAUUGUCUAGUGGAUCUUAUAAAACUGGGUUAUCCGAUAGAUUAGACCAAGUUAUUUAUAAUGAAACUGUUCUCAUUGUUACUGAACUUAUGAAGGUAUUGGUGGAAAUCCUUUAUCUGACAAAUGAACACUCUAAGAAAACAGUUCAACAAUGGUUUAUAUUCAUGAACUCUAAUAAUUUUAUUCUUUCAUUAGGCCCAUUCAUUGAACAUUCCGAGCCUUUCAUAUUAAUGCAAGCUCUCAGUACAAUUAUUUCAAUUAUAUUAUUGGAUUUGGAUAAUAAUUUUGGUGAUAAUUUUUCCAAUACUGAUAAUUUUAUGAAUGAUGUAUCUAUUUUUAAGAACAUCAACGAUUGUAUUACAAAAAAGACCAAUUCUAACUCGGUUAUUAUGUAUUCUUGGUCCAUCUUGUUAUACAGAAAGUCCGUUAUUAUGAGUGAAUAUAAAACAGAACCAAGUAUUCAGCAAUUUAAUACUAGUUUUGCUAGCCUCGAUCCGUUGAUCAAUAUUCUCAAUUCAAGAUGUCUUGAACUUGAUGUUUUCCAAGAUUUGGUUACUUUGAACAAACACCUUGCGUUCGAUGAAUUGCAUGCUGCAGUAUUAUCCACUGUGAUUAUUGCAGCAAUGCCAUUAAUAAACAUGUCAACCAAGAAUUCUUGCGCCAUAGUUUCAGUUUUAAAAGAAGCUCCACUUCUGACAGUUGAAAAAUUUUUCUCCAAUGAAUCGGCAAUUGAAGCAAUUAUACUUGCAAGAGCCAAGUUUCCAUUGUCUAUCACUCCAUAUUUGAAGCUUGCCUCAAUUAAUGGGAAUUUUGCAUUGAAUGAAUUUAGAAACUUGAAGUCAUAUAUGUCUCUAUUCCAAAGGGAAGAAUUCACUUCUAUCUCACAAAUUGAUGACGAGAAUACUGAUUUGGUGAAACUUACUAAACUAAUUGAUGUAUAUCCGCCAUAUGAAAACAAUAAGAAGUUGUCAUUGUUACUUCAAGAAGAUACAAAGGCCAAGGUUUUACCAUCUGCACACGAGAAUGAGGUUCUUGUAACAUUCUUGUACAAGUACAAUGGAUGGGCAUUUUUAGGUAGAAUUCUUCAAAAUGUUGUCAAGCUGUUCAAUAAUUUUGAAACUGGUAAAGUUGAAUUUAUUAUUACCCUCUUAGAAUUGUUGACACUGGUAGUGAGAGAUAAUGGCAACGAAGAAGAUACAAAGGAAGUUUUAGAAUCUAUGUCAUUAUAUAUUGAUGAUUCUGAUGUUUUAGAAGUUAUUUUCAGACUUUUUGAACAAAAUUUACAUUCACGUAAUAUCGAAGUGUUGGUUGCAGUUUGUAACUUGUUGACUGAAUUAACUCCGAUGUUGUCCCACAGAAUAUGGCCAUCGUUGUCUAAAUCAGCGUUAUUGUCCAGUGAUGGGAAGGAGGGCUUUGCAGCCACCAUAUUCGGAGCAAUUGAAAUGAUCAAUGGUGACUACAGCUUUACUAUAUCAUUAAUUCACUUGGUUAGUUCAUUGAUAGAGAAUUCAAUUUCGCUCGAUGAAGAAUACAACCAAAGAACCAAGAGCAUAUUAUUAACAAGAUGGAUUGACUAUUUGAUAUUAAUCUUCGAAAGUUUUGCUCACUGCAGAUUUAAUAAUGCCUACCAAAAGUUGGAAAUUGGAAGUUUGGUAUUAGAUAUUUUCUCAACAAUUUUAACCGUAGUUUAUUCAGUUGACGAGAAUAGUAAUGCACUGGACAAAGUAACUAAGGUAUUUGCUGAAUCUUCAACCAAUAUUCUCGAUUCCUUUUUAAUUUCUGGACUGGAAGAUUCAAGAAUUUCAUUGCCAUUAUUGUCAAUGAUUGAAUCUAUUGGUGAUAAUUUCAGCUUAUAUGAAGCUAGAGAUUUAUCUGGUUAUUGGUUUGAUAAGUGGGUUCGCGCUUCAUUAUCCUUUUCUCUGUUGAUCAUCUCUAUUAGAUCAAUGUUGAAAAGAUCACCAUCUACUUUCGAAAUUUCUAUUUUCAGCAAACUUCCAAAUUUAGUUGAAGUUUAUUCACUUCAUGAUGAUUUGAGAAAGCCAGUUUUGGAUUUAAUUACAACAUUAACCAAUGCUGACUGGGGUAAAUCGAGUACUCCUUCCCUUUUAUCGCAUUUGGGUCGUGAUCAUUCACAGGUAUUGCUCUCGUCUUUGAUUGCUGACUUGGAAAAUUCAUUUGAUGACUAUAAUAUGAAGAUUAGUUUAUACAAUUUUAUUUGUGCUGUUAUGGAUGGCAAACAAGAGGGUCUCUCGAUGUUGUUCAUCAGCGGAAGAGAUGUUUAUGGAGAAGUCAAUAAAUCUGAGAAUAAAAAGAGCGAAUCAGAAAAGACAACAAAGAAAACUCAACCAUUAUUAAGUGUUUUAAAGAAAAACCUUCGCGAAAUGAAGUAUUAUCCAAACUAUGUUUCUCUUCACUUGGCUGAUGCCAUUUCAUUGGCAUUCAACUCAUGGACCAUUGUGAGAGGAAAUGAUGAUGAUAUUGAAUUCAUUGACAUAUUAAUAUCCAAAUUUCAACAACCACAAAAUGCCAAGGCAACUACUAGUGAAGAAUAUAUUGAAAAAUGUUACGAAUUGAAGCUUCUUGCAAAGAUAGCUGAAAUAUUGUCGCUUUUCGUAUUCACAUCCAAUAACGAAACUUGCAACAAUAAGAUUAUUAAAUUACUUUCCCUGGAAGACUUUAGAUAUGAGUUCUUGAGAAGAUUUGAUACUAUGGGAUACAACCAAACGUUAUCUUCUGAUUUGGAAAGAAAUUUCUUGGAGACUUACUCAUGUGAUAUUUCAAAGUUCUCUAGUUCAUUGGUAAAGAGAAAUUACUUUGAUGAUUCUACUGUUUACAAUCUUUCGUUGAUGGAAAAAAUAUACCUGAAAGAUAUCUCAUGGCCAACCAUUAGAGAACAAGUGAAGGCCUGCAAUGUUAAUAUCCAAUACGUAACUGCACAGAUUGCGGUUGUGAAAUCACAUGGUGCGUUAUUGACAGCCUUUUGUAAGGUAUUUGGACUGAAAUUAACUUCAGAUUGGGUUUUCCUUGCAUCUCAAUUAUUGUUUUUCGAUGUUCUAGUUGAUAUUCCAUCAGAAAUAUUCACACAAGUCUACAGAGAACGUAUUGAAUUAUCUUUCUUUAUGUUGUAUACCAUGUCUAUUAAUCCUGAGAUUAAGGUGGAUACUGAAAAUGUUUUGGAAGUAAUUAGAUUCACUUCACAACUUCUUUCUUCCGCUAGUGUCGAUUUCAUCCAUAGCCUUACAAUGGGUGGAGAUGGAUGCUAUAAAUCAUUAUUACGAAUCUUAUAUCUUUCUAUAAAUAUGAUUAAAGAAGAUACAGAGAUGUUGGUCAAUAAUUUGAGUAUUUUCAGGAAUCUUUUUGAAUUAGUUUUCGCUAGAGGAACUAAAAAUUUACUCGUGGAAUUACAAAAUGAUGUUUAUCUUUCUUGUACUGAUAAGAAAUAUACUCCAACCAACUUGAAUUUAAAGUUUGAAAACCUUACGUUGAUACUCUCUAUUUUAAAGGUAUUUGUGGAAUUAAAGGCGCCAGCAUCAUUACAAGUUGAUAUGGCUUCUAUCGUUAAGCUGCAUGGUACAAUUAAAUCCUUAUUAAAUCUUUACUCUUGUUCUCAUUUGAUCAAAACAAAUGGAGAACUUGUGUUUGCUAAAUUGAGUUUGAUGUUUAUACAAGAACUUCUGGUAGUUGAUACGAUUGCUCAAGAAUUUAUUUCCUCUGGAUUAUAUGUCGUUUUGACUGGUAGUAUCGUAUCUGGACCCAUCCAAGCUGGGAACUUGAGUGUUUCUAACCUGCCUAACACCUACUCCAUUUGGACUAAUGGUUUACUCCCACUUGUCUUAACAUCUUUCGCCAAAAUAGGUCCUGAAAUUUUACCUGAAAUAUGUAUUUUCCUCAGAGCCUUUGGUAAACAAGUUGAGACUUGUAUUCAAAGCUGGUCAAAGGACCUGUCGUCCAUUCAAGUUUCUUCAGCAAUGAUUUGGGAAACUAGACACAUUCUUGAGAUGUACGAAAUGCUUAAGGCUGCAAACAUUACCGAAUUCUUGGGAGAUAAAAAUUCCGAGUUAGAAAUCACUCCUGAGACAGUUGAUAUGGUCCUUCUUCCAGGAUUAGAUUCAGAGGUAAAGAGAGAGGAUUUUAUUGAGAAUAUCAGUAAUCUUUUGAAACAUCCAAAGUUCCUUUCAUCUAGAGUAAUUGCAAGCUCGGUAGAUGAACAGCGUUUGAUCGAAAACUCUGGUUCAUCCUACCUGCAGUUUGUGAAGUCACUCAUUGACGAGAUCCGUGAAUUAAAGGAGUAUUUCCGACAAUAGUUUCCGUCACUACGAUUUAUAGUAUCCGUAGAUAAAU